AUGUCUAGCCAGUUAGACCCUGUCGUCGUCAUCGGCGCGGGUCCUGUUGGCCUCUUUACGGCACUCCUGGUUGCGCAGUCAGGCAUAAAGGUCAUUGUGUAUGAGUCGGAAGCCGGCAUCGAUCAAUCCCCAGGGGCCGUCGAGCAUUUCCCUGCAGUUCUUGAAGAAUUCUCAAAAGCUGGAAUCCUCGAAGCCAUCAUCGCCACCGGAGAAAAGAAUCAAGGUGGAUGCGACUGGAGGGAUAAGGACGGGAACAUCAUUGGGGGACUCGACCCACCUCCAGACAACCCUUACUUCGCUGUUAACCUUUCUCAGCCAGAACUGUGCCAAGUUAUUCUGGACGCUGUCAUCAAGACUGGAAACGCUCAUAUCCAUUUCAACCACACUAUCCAGCGCCUCCAACAACAGGAUGGAUUCGUCGACUACUGGGUCACAAGCAACACUGGCAAUCAUGAGGUCCAAGGCCGGUGUCAGUAUCUUGUCGGAGCAGAUGGUGGUAGAAGCACCGUCAGGCGCAACCUGGGCAUUGAUAUCGAGGGGUACACCUGGGAAUCUUGGCUCUUUGUUGCCGUCAACUUCCAGUAUAGUCUGGGCGAACUCGGUUGGAAAGCCACUAACUUCAUUGUCGACCCUGAAGACUGGGGUUUCGUUGUGAAGCGAGGCCAAGGCACGAGCUGGCGAAUGAUAACUGGAGUCCAUAGGACGGAAGUUUCCACUGCCAAGGCGAAUACACUGGAUGAAGCCACAAUCAAGGUGGUCAAGAAUCGACUGUGCCGCCUUCUCCCUGGAGAUACAAGCAGCAUUCAGUAUGAAGCGAUGGUGCCGUACGUUGUUCACCAACAUUGUGCCUCUAGCUUUGUUAAGGGCAAUGUCUUGUUAGCUGGAGACGCUGCUCAUCUCAAUAACCCUGUCGGUGGACUUGCACUCACCGCGGGCCUACUCGACGCUGCGCACCUUGCUGGUAGUUUACGCCAGGUCCUGAACGAAGGUGCCGGUACAGAGGUGCUCAUAUCCUACGCUGAGACAAGACAAAGAAUCUUUCGUGAAUGCAUCGAUCCUAUCACGACGGCGAAUCUGCUUAGGUUGAUGUCGGAGAAGCCGGAAGACAUCAACAAAAGAGAGAGGUUUUUUGAGGACCUAAACUCGAAAGACUUGGCCACUGCUACACAAGUGAGCCUUUCGGACUUUGCGCUUACCUCCACGUCUGAUACCAAGUUUGAUACCUACCACGAGGUGACAUGGUUCAUCUCAGUCACAAAGCCCGAUGGAUGGGAAAUGGAAAAGUUCGUACAUGAGUACAAGACCGUCCAUAGUGGCAUGACAAGACAAGGAAAAGAGCAUGGCUCCCCGCUACAGCAUUAUAUUCAACUGUCGAAUACCAAUAGGACGAUGCAAGGCGGAACGCGGCCGGAGUGGAACUACGUCACAUGUCUCACAUUUCCUAGCUUGUUCAUUACCUAUGCCGGGUUUCAGGAUCCUGGCUACCGAGCCACUGCUGGUGCCCACAUCUUUUGCCGGCUUGAUCAGCAGGGGUGUCUUGCGAAGCAAGUGGCAAAGUUCUCGAGGGGUCAGGGUAAGAAAAACGAUAAAGGUAUUACAACCCGGAUCUUGUUGUUCCAUGACCGAAGCGCGGCAAACGACGAAUACUCCCAGAAAUGGCUUCAAAAACGAUCUGAUGACAUGGCUAGCGCUGUCGCUACUGAUGAAAACAGCUUGGAAUAUGUCCUUUGGCAAGACAUGACGCCUAAGAAGUUGGACUUUUUCUUUCGGGACACGCAGUUCUCUGGUGGAUCAUGGCAUAAUUACAAGGCCGUUGAGGCAUUCGACUUUGAUAAUGAAGGUGCUGCUGUUGCUUUUCUGGAUCGCCAUACGAACGAGAUUACGGAGAACAGUAGUCGACAACUUACUGUUGUUAUUGGCGAGCGGGAUGACAUAGUUACCAGCUGA